AGAAAUCACCUGGACUGGCGCUACCAGCAUUUUGGACAGUCCUGCCUUUGGGUCCUUUUCUGAGGAGACCAUCUUGGGCAUCAUUGCUUCGCUCAUGGUUUUGCCCAACCGCAUGUGUUUUCCCCUCAUAGAUCAGGUCAAAAUGGACCAUAUGAGGUUCCCGCUGCCUUGUGGCGUGGUGAGGGUCCAUGUGCUAGAGGCCAGAGACCUGGUGGCUAAGGAUACAUAUAUGAUGGGUUUAGUGAAAGGCAAAUCAGACCCCUAUGCAAAACUCAGAGUUGGAGACCGCCUUUUCAAGACCAAGACCAUCAAACAGAAUUUGAACCCAGUAUGGAAUGAAGUGUAUGAGGUAGAGUAACAUACAGCAGCUGUCGGUUAAAAACAAAUUGUUAUACUUUGGUUUCAAUAAUAGGAAUACUACUUUAUUCACAUGCACAGUGUUCUGGUACGCAAAACAGGCAAACUACUACAAUUCCAUCAGAUAUUUCCUUGAUUAAAAUAAAAGAUACUGUGCAUAGUUUCUGG